AUGGAGAGCCAAGAGUUUUCGGGUUCUUCUGUGCUGUCUGAUGGGCGUGACACGACAGAAAUAUCCGCUCGCUCCGAAGCCCUUCCGAAGCCCUUUGUAGUCAGGAUAUUCGACAUGCACACCAGGCCUGAGGAGUCUGAGGAGCCGGGCUUACCCGAGGAGUCCCAGGAGGCGGACGAGCAAGACCAGCGGGACGAGUCCGAGGACUCUGAAGGGUCCAACGAGAUCCCCAAGCCCCACGAACCCUAUGUGCCCCACAAGCCCCAGGCACCGUACGAGCCUCAUGCACCCCGUGAACCCCGCAAGCCUCGCGAACCCCGUAAGCACCAAGGGCCCCAUGCUUCCCAAGAGUACCGCAAGCUCCAUGAAGCCGAGUUGCUUCCCAGAGCCGGUGUGAUGAUCUCCCCAUCUCUGAUAACCAGAUUCCCGCCACAGAUUCCGCCAUCUUCCCUGAGCGCCAAUCCUGUUCCCUGUGACUUUAUAAGGAAACGUUUUUUUUCUAGGAAGAGAAUUCAAGAUCUUUCUAGGCCUAAGAAACAAUGGGGAGCCCCAGACAGAAAACUGUUUUGGGGAAAUCAAGAUCCUAUUCGUCCUGUUUCCCGAAGUGCUUUGACAGCUCAACUGACCAAAAGACUGGAGAACCUUGCCCAGCCUAAGGAAGUCUCCUACCGAUAUGUACCUAACAGGGCUCAAUAUUACUAUAGUUGCGGUAGAGAGUCUGUAAUCUGGGAGAUCCCUUCUCCUACACUGUUUUGUCCACCUUCCAAAAGGAUCCAGAAGCUGUCACAGCCCAACAGAUUCAAGAAAGAGUAUCUAAUAAAUAGACCCUUCAGUGAUUACUCAACAAUAAAUUCUCUUCAAAUCUCUGACCCUUCUCCCCGGAUAUUACGACUCUCAAUAGCCAAAGGCACAAAUCCAGACUAUGUUCCUCCAAAAAAGAUUGAAACCAAGAUUUCAAUGUCUGCCCUGACUGCUGUUGCAACUCCAAGGAUUGUAGAGCUUUCCCAUCCAAGGAUCAAGAUAGAGGGUCUGUGCUUUGAAAGAGAAAGGAGUGAAAUGCCCAUCCAUCCUAUAUCCUGUGCUGCCUUGCUAGCCAAACCUAGCCCUCGAAUAGUAGCUCUAGCUAAGGCCAGACCUCUUCAUCAAGACUACUUACCUCCCCGGGAUGCCUCCUGGCCAGUAUCUUAUGCUGCUAUCCAUUCCAAAAUAUCUCCCAGAAUCCAAGAACUAGCUAAUCCAAAUACGAGGACUCCUAUGCAUAUUAUAUAUUACGAUCCAGAAGUCUUUAAAGUCAAGCCAGCUGCUCUGAAAACACAAUGUUCUCCAAGGAUCCGUGAGCUGGCAGAACCUGUUAGGCGUUAAGUGCAGAAAAGCCGCAUCAGUCAAACUCUAGUUAUGUUUCUGGAAGACAGAUGAUUUAGUUCCCUGGUCUGGUACUAUCAGUUGUAUCCUCCACCCCCUCAAAACACACGAGACCUCCAGGGAACAUCGCUGUGACUAUCGAAUAGCAAUCACUGCUGCUGCCUGGAGUCACGUCUUUAGCAGGUUUGGGGACUCCAGCAUGCAAUAAAAGAGAAAAUGAUAGCCUGCCUCAUUAUCCUUGCCAUCUCCUCAAGCGUAUCUUGGCUGUCUCAUUGCUGGGACUAACCUGGAAGAAACACUCUUCCUUAUCUUUGCUG